UCUCUUAGCAGCAACAAACGUCAACAUUAAUUUUUCAUCAGUGCGCAUUAUAUUUUAUUUUUGGGUGAGUGCGUUGAAAUUACUGUCAUUUCCGUUAAAAAAAAAUUACACGACGUUUACGAUUGGCUACGAAAUCUACCAAAAACGAGGCAACUACAUAGAUUCAACAAACAGUUAAAUAAAGCACAGAACAACAAUUGAGACUGUGGUGCAAGGGCUCAAGAUCAAAGUUCGAAUUAAAUAUUGUGAGUAGUAUAAAACUGCAAAUUCAUACGUACAAAAUGACAGUGUCCGCCGGAGCAGCUGAUUCUAACGAUAAUGUAGCCGGCAAUGAGAAAUCCUCUUCCAUUUUAUUUGGCAUUGUAGAGGAAAUUAUCUAUAGCCCACUCAAUUUGGCACUUGUGGCUGUUAUAGUAUUUCUCUUCUACAAAAUUGUAAAGGAUCGAUAUGAAGUUCCUAGGGACAGAUCGGGCGAUGGUUCGCCACCAGCACCUGAACUGCCAAAAUUACGUCGAGAUUUCACUAUACAAGAGUUGCGCGCAUAUGAUGGUAAUGGACCGGAUGGUCGUAUCCUUAUUGCAGUAAAUGGGAUUGUAUAUGACGUCACAAAGGCAAAGCGUUUUUACGGUCCAGGUGGCCCUUAUUCAUCAUUCGCGGGUCGAGAUGCAUCUCGUAAUUUAGCUACUUUCAAUGUCGAGCCAAAUAAUAAGGAAGAAUAUGACGAUUUGAGUGACCUAACUGCUAUGGAAAUGGAUUCCGUGCUGGAAUGGGGAAUGCAGUUUAAAGAAAAAUAUCCCCUGGUAGGCAAACUGCUACGCAAAGGUGAGCAACCCACAAAUUAUGACGACGAGGAAGAAGACUCGAACGAGGUAGUCACUGAAAAUGCUACUGCUUCCACUGUUCUUACUUCAAAUGCUAAUUCGAAUGAUGAAAAUGUUAGGAAGCGUGUAAUUGCCAGCUCGAAUGAGGAGGAAGCUAAAUAAAUAAACAGUAGUUGUCUCGUGAAUAUUUGUUUUGAAAAAUCAAUUGUUAAGAUUUUAACAAAUUUUAGUUUACUAAAAAAUUAUUUAAUUAACAUGAAAAAUUGCUACUGUAGACGAAUUAAAACAUGCAUAUUUGUAGAAACAUAGCUACAUAUAUAAAUUGAUAAAAGAAAACUUCAGCAAAAUAAGAAACAAUCUGUAUUAAUUUUUAAUUUGGUUUUUAUGCUUUUACUUUUAAAAUUUGCUUCUGAUUUAGAACUUUUCAAAAUGGUUUCGCUAUUAAUACAAUCUUAGAAUUACUCAACGUUUUUGAUUGUGAUUGAGUGUACGCUAGUUAUAAAACUAGAAAUCGAAUGUAUCUACAUUAAAAAAUAUGUGCUAAAAACAUUUAUAAUUAAAGAAUUGAGGUGUAUGGUAAUUGCUUAAACGUGGGAAUAAAAAUCGUAAAUAAUGUUUUUUACUUAA